AUGAGCAGGGACUGGCAGUGCCUUGAGUCCCACGAGAAUAGACUCUGCAAGAAAAUAAGGGAGACUGUGGAAAAUGCUAAUUCAACUACUACUGACGUAACCACACCUACUCCUAGUGCUGAUCUCCCUGCCUUUGAUUCUGACUUGAAUUUAACCGACAGGGUGUCGAGUAAAGACAUCACGAAACCUGUAUUCAAAUCUGAAAAAAACAAUUUUCUUCUAGCAACAACAAAGACAUUUACAGACAAGAGGUCAACAAAAGAAGAAGGGGAAACACUGACAUCUGCAUCUAAAAUCUUGAUAGCUAUUGGGGCUGCCACUCUAGUUUUACUUUUGGGUGUUAUCAUUUACUUCUGCUGGAAAUGCUCACAUCCAGACGGUAAGAAAGAGUUAUACUUUUUCUUUCUUUGAUUUCCCGCGUAUAUUUUGUAACAGUUAUGGAAUGUGUAGACCCUUUGAGAAAACUGAGUAAUUUAAUAAAUUCUUACCAUAGUCACGUUUAAGUGGAGUUUCACACGGAUGGACACAAAUUGAAACUAAGCAAGUAGCAAUUAUACUAUGACCAUCAUAUGUCAAUUUUCCUAAGGGUAAUAAAAUUAUUUCAUUUUCAAUUUGAUCUGAGGGCCCACAACCAUCUCUUUCCCUAGUAAACUCAAAUCUUGAUGCUCAAGCACAUUAGUCUGUCUCCUCCCUAUAACUCUUUUCAGUGUUUGUGUUAGUUUAUUUUUUUAACUCAUUUUUUUUAUCUGGUAAGUGUUUUUGGCUGGGUCCAUGGUUUGACUCCCCAUUAAUGUUAUUAAAUUCAUUUUUGGCUUCAUCAAGGUGUACUUUGUUGAUUAAUAGACACUUAAUAGUAACUUUCAUUGUUGCAUACAAUAACACAGCAAUGCUAUGUUGCAGUUACAAAUUCCAAUGAGUCUAUACCCCUGAAAGGUAUGCAAGGUGCCAAGGAUAGAGAUGACUCAACAGAAACCAUAGAAGGUAGUGACAACUAACAUAAUAUUUAUGCAUCACACAUUCUACUGACAAGCUUUUGGACAAAAAUGAAUCUACUUCAAGAUGUACAUCUCUUGACCAGACUUUUCUUCAAGAGGGGAGAAUUAACAAUCAGAUCUUGGGAAUCAAAGAGUUCACCCUUUAACUCUCCAGUUCUAACUCUUCAUUCUCCUCACUAGCUGUCACACAUUUCCCUUUAGUUUUGUUAUAAGAAUUUGGGGUGGGAUCAAGAUAAGCUCUACCUGAUAAAUUUGAUUAUUCUCAUAGACUAUUUGCGGUAUAGUGUUUGGAUAUUACAGGAAGAAGUUGCAUGUUAAUUAAUUCAGGGAGUUGGAGGGUUAAGACUUUCCCGAUUGUAUGGUAAUCAGCAAGUUGCUUUCUAGGAUAACCAAAGUGCUUCUUAAUUUUUUUCUCUCAGAUGUGCUAGCAGAUGGUGACCAUGAGGAGCCUCUCACUAGUGAGCUUAGACAAGACCAGCCAAAAACUGAUCUGAUUCCAGCAGGUGGGGCAUACAUCCUGCCAUUUGGUAGACCAAGUUGAUUACUUGUUUAUUCUUGUUAUGCAACUAAGAUCAUGUGAUGAAUGUGCCAUUAGUCAUUCAGAUGUUGCAUUUCAUCUCUUACAUGUACCCUCCUCUUAGCUUAGUGCAAUAAAAUGCACAAUUGUAGCCUCAUGAAUGGGUGUUAAAAAGGAAGUAAACUCGUCCCCUGAAUUAGUCUGUUGUACCUGGACAGAAACUAAGUUUCCGUCCACUGCCAAACAUUGCACUCUUAAAAAUAAAGCAAUUUUUUAAUCCUUGGGAAUCCUUAACAAUUAAAACAUGUCUUUUUCCACCAAUAGUACUACAAAAAGCAUAUUUCAUGUUAAAACUCUAACCCCAGUUCGUUACUUUAUUAAUACUUUUAUCCAUUGAACUCUUAGAUUGCAAAGUUUCCGAAAUGCCACAGCUGCGUAACCAUGAAAAUCAAAUACUCUCACACUAUGUGCAAAGGAUGCUGGAUCCACUGGAGAAACAGACAAAGAAAAAUUGGCGUUCUGUUGGGCAAAUCUUGAAUGUUUCAGAAGAAGACUUGGACUUAAUAGAAACUGACUACAAAGCAGGAAGAAGUCCUACAGUUAGUCUUAUUGAUAAAUUGAGCACCUUUCCAAUAGUACCCUCAAUGAGAAGCUUUGUAGAAGCUCUUGUUUCUUGCAAAAGGUAUGAUGUGGCCACCAAUAUUUGCAACUGGCCAUGGGAGUUACGUACUAUACAAUGAGGGAAAUUAUUUAGCACACUUGAAACAAGAAAUAAGUAACUGGCUGUAACCUGCGGCUGUUGGGUCCACAGAGAGCCCCCCUCCAAAGAAAAAAAUUCCCAUUAACCUCUGCACAAAACAGGGCACAUAGAACAUGGAACUAACUAUAGACUGAAAGCUUCUAGAAUCUUAAUAUGUUGUAAGCCAGGGUAAAUGAAGGGACAAUUUUUCUUAUAUGGUAUGCUGAAAGCCACUUUAAAAACACAAAGUUAAGUUACAGGUAACUUUAAAAAAUUAUUAUCUUCCCAGUUUCUUAUUCAAAGAGUCAUAUUCAGACUUGCAAAUGGCAAUGCCAUGUUUUACACAGCAAACUUUGCUCUGCAUGAUAUUAUGCUAGCUUUCUCUUAAUCUUUUAAUGACAUUCUUGACAUUAAUCCUCUCCUAUCACCAUCUUCUGUAUACAAGUUUUUAAGU